AUGGAGCUCGUGGGGCUAGGCCAAAAGCAAGCAGUGCUCUGCUGCGAGAUCCAUGACGAAAGGGGCAAGCUCCGUCGGUUGGUGUGCCCGACUCCGCUGGUGGAGUGCAAGUGGCGAGAGGAAGAAGAACAAGUUCCUGCAAGUGACCCAAGGCAUAAAAAAUCUGGUACUAAAAUUCCAUAUGUAGCUCUUCCUCUUACUGAAGUUUGCCAAUUGCUAGCUCUGAAUACGGCUAGGUACAACUUCGAUGUCAAGAAGUCUCAUUCGAAGAAGGAAUGCCUGAUUACUGUUGAAAAACUUCUGAAAUCAGCUGAUUUUCUGGUUGAUGGUAGCUGCGUCUUUGGUGUGAGGAUAUUACAAGCAGAUGUCUCUCCUAAAAACAACCUUGCUGUGGCUCCAGAUAAUACUAUCACAAUUCGGGAACUGUUUCUGCAGAAGAAGGAAUUCAUCAAAGGAAAUUACACCCGGAACGUGAACAACUUCCUUGCCUUGAAGGACUCGGUCCUUUCUCCCGCAUUUGAAGCCUGUGGGCACAAAUGGCACAUCCGGAUGCAUCCACUCGGUAACCAAUACAGCACAGAUUCACUUUCCAUGUACCUGGUAAUGCAUGACCCGGCUGAGCUUUCUCAUGAGUCCGGGAAGAUGUUUGAAGUGACCCUGUCCAUCCUGAACCAAGAGAAGGGACAACACUACAGCCGUGCAGACUUCAUUCCACUCAAGAUACUGAAGGACCCUUCCAAAGGCUACCUCGUGGGAUCCAAGUGGAGUGUGAAGGCGGACAUCACUUGCAUUGGGUCAUCCAACAAUGUUCAGACACCACUUGUUGCAUCUCUCUUGAAGGACGAGAAGUAA